AUGUCCAGAUAUGUAUGUGGUAGCCAUGAGUUGAAAUCAAAUGCAAGCAUUGUGCCCCCCAAAGAACUGGGAGGCAAGGUCGUGGUCUGGAGAUGGGAGACGGCCAUCAGGAGCACUCCACUCGACGGGUUCACUCGCUCGAUCGAGCUUGCGGCUCCUCUUCUUCCUCUUCUUCAUCGAAGUGUGUGUGGCUCCCUUGGCCUUGGUGGAGCAUGGCUAGCUCGACUGUCCAUAGGGGUUCCAUCUACUCUGAGGAGGCUCCUGGUAAGGCGUUGGAUCGUACUCAAAUCCAGGAUCUCAAACUGGGCUCCUCCAGGUCAACUCGACCCUCAGCUCGAUCGAGUUGAGUUUCCUCUGUUUGGACUCGAUCGAGUCCGGUGGUCGAGUGGAGCGUCUGGCCUUGGAACUCUUCCUCCUUCUCUGCGUGUUGUCUUCUCCUUCCCUUGGCUCGAAUGUGAGGCUCUUGGGCAGGGAGCCUCCUUGGAGUGGUGA